GCCGCGGGUCCGGCUCUGUAGCUGGGCCGCCGCGAAGCUGCUCGGGCCUCGUGACGCAGCCGUUUCCCCCUUGUUACCUGAAUUCGGAUUAGGCGCCUCCGUGUAGACUCGCGCUGGGGUGGAACUGGCUCUGUGGGGUCAGCGGGUGUUCGGGGGCGGGCUGCAGGAGCGGCGCUGGUGCAAGCGGGGCGGCCCCUGUGGGACCUCGGGCCUGGCAGUGCCGGGAGGUUGGGACCCGAUUCCCCCCUUACAGAACCUGAGGCACGAGGUGCCUGGGCUGCCGUGGCCUGGCGGGCGCUGCGCGGCGCCCCACGCGGCAGGGGAACACCCCGCUGCUGCUGCAACCAGCAGAGUAGAGGGGAGGCGCCGCUCGGGUGUGUAGCGAGCCUCGUAGCGGACUUGCUGCCCUCAUCGCUCUUUAUACCCGCGCUAGGCGGUGCGCUACAUGCCAGUGCAAGGGUAGAGGGAACUAGGGGGAGGAGGGGACAAGGCCCAGCAGAGCCAGGAGCAGACCCCAGGUCUCCUGAGGCCCAGUCCUGUGUUCUAGCCACCAGGCUGUGCUGCCUCCUUUAAUCUCACCUUUAGCUAAAUCGGUGCAGCUCUGUGUGUAGACAAGCCCCAGGUUUAGCUAAAUCAGUUCAAAGCGGACCUAAGCCAGUGCUAAACUGGUUGAGGUUCACCUUUGCUGGGGGCUUGCAGUGGUUUAACAGGACUGAUUUAAAAUUAAUUUUGUUAAACCAGUACAGUUUCUUUCCUAUAAAGAAGACCAGGGAUGAGCUGGAGUUUGCACCAAACUAAUAUACAAUUUAACCCUGUUUCAAACUCAGCUGGUGCAAACCCUGGCUUGCCCUUGUCUAUUAUUUCAGGAUCAGUGCUGGAGCAGCUACAGUGAUGGCUGCAUCAGGACUAGUCCUAAACAGACAAGGCCUGCAGACUUGUGGUGUCUCCACUAACAUGGAGACAAGGAAAUUAGAUGGAAGUUUUAAAGAAACUGCCCUGAAUAAAGAUGAAGUUGAAAAUAUUCUCAGUGAAAUUAGUAAUCUUAAAAUGACUGAGAGAGGGAAUGGCAAUAAAAAUAAUGAAGUCAAAUGUGAUAGCCUUUGUCCAGCUCCUCAGAACAUUCGGUAUCUUGGUCUGCAAACUCCAAGAACUCCUGCUCCAGGGAUCCUACAACUGUUGCCAUCUCAAUCAUCUGAUUUCGUGGGAGAAGAAUAUUACUCUUCAAAAAAAAUCUCCAAAUUAGGAGAAUGGAGUAUAACAACUCUUAAAGACAAUAUUAUUCCCACAGGGAGAGAACUUCCUCGUACCCCAUUCUGCACAAAUCAACAAGGGAAAUUGUUACUAGAAGCUUUAAAGGACGAUACAGUACUGAAUGAGAGACAUUCAACAGGUGUAGUUGGACCUAGUCAUUCAGAAUGUGAAACACUUAAGUUACAGAUUGAUGCUGACGUGCUGGAGAAACUUUUGAGGGAGGAGACUUCUGUAAAGACUCGUGCCUCAAAUGCAUGGGUUUACACUAGGAAAAAAGAUUCCAUUUGCCAAUGUAUGCAGCAGCCUGAUGACAACCACAUCAUCUCUGGCAAUACAGAAAAUGGCAAGGAGGUGGUACCACCUCUAGUUGAGGAUGAGCAAGAAUUACAAGAAAGAGUUGAACCUCUGCAAGAUUCUCCCGUACCAAAGUGUUUCACUACCUCUUCAACAAACAGGAGAAGACUAAGUCAGAUACCAGUUCAAGGGUUGAGUGAGAUGAAUAUAUCAAUGAUGAUUAACAGAAUAAAAGGCUACCAAUGCACUAAAGAAGAUAUGGAGUUUCUUCGGCACAUGAAAAACCAAGAACAAGCACAGAAAUUGAAGGCAAAAUAUUUACAUCUACAAAAGGAACUAACCAGCAUGGUUCGGACAAAGGAGCUGCUACUAGCACAGAGAGAGAAAGUGCAAGAAGAGAUUGUACAAAUGAAAACAUCUUAUGAUAGAACAGUCCAACUUGGAAGAGCCUUCCUGGGUAAGAAAAUGGAUCCUGCCGCUGUCGAAGCAUUGCCAGCAAAAGCUGUGCUUGGGCAGCUGAAUCCUGUGAAAGUGCAGCAUGUUCAACAGCAAGAGAAGGCUGAACUUCAGGCACUUACAAAAGAGCUAAAGAAGUUAAAACAUUCCAUUGCCCAACUGCCUCAGAAACAGGGAAUAAGGCUGGAAAGAGAAUCUUGUAAACAACGGAUACAGGAAGCAAAACACGGACUACAGCAAGCACAAGAAGAUGUGGAGAAGCUGAAAUGCAAAGUUGAAGCAGCACAGUCAAAACUAGCAGAAGUUCAGGAACACCUCUGUAAUACAAGAGUUGAAAUAGAGAAGUGGCACACAUUGAAAGAGAAGACUACUGUUUCCCAGCCACUGGAGAAUGACAGAAUCUUGGGCAAUGAUCAUCUUAAGAGAAGACUUAACAGAAUCUUGCGAAGAACAGAUAUCUUUUUAGAAAGGGAAAAAAUAAUUGAAAGACUUAAUCUUUUGCAAUGAGACCACCCCCCCCCCCUCCCCUGCAAAAAUCUGAUCACUAGGUCAAAGAGCCUUUUAGGGUUGUCACUGUAUGUACAGAUCUCUCCCUGUUGGGCACCUUAGUUUUCCAAAUCUGCACUAUUAACAGUUAAGAUGUAGCCAGAAUCAUGAAGAUAAAAUUUGGGGUUAAUGGCUAUUUAGUCAUGUACAUGAAAGUUGAUUUUUAAAUGACAAUGUAAAUACAAGUUUGUUCUUUGGUACUAUUUUCAGGUAAGGAAACUCUCAGACCCAGUGGUUUGAGCACCUUAAACAGUUAUAGUGAUCUAGGAGGAGGCAUUAAAACCAUUAGGAAUUUUGCACACUGGAAGGAGGCACUUGAGUGUUUAAGUUAAAUUAUUCAAUAAAAUAUAUUGAUUAGUACCUAGGAAUUAAUUUUACACAAAGUGACACUAGGAUUAUUAUAGUUAAGAUUGUAAUCACCCAUUGUGUACAAUGGUACAGGGGAAAAAAGGCCUUCCCCUAAACUAUUUUUGAUUACUUGUUUUAAUGCCCCAGAGCAGGAUUUCUAAAUGAAGUUAGUUACAUUCAGCAUAUUAAAAUACAGUUUCUAAGAGUAAGUUUGUCUUAAAUGUACAAACAUGUCACCUGACACAGAAUUAUCUAAACUGGCAUCAGCCUCCUCUUGUAUCAUGGAAGAACUCGAUGCACCAGAAAGUAAAUACAGGUAGUCACAAUAGGAUAGAUCAGGCAUCAGCAACCUUUCAGAAGUGGUGUGCCAAGUCUUCAUUUAUUCACGCUAAUUGAAGGUUUUUAAAGAAGCUUCAUUUAAAAUUGCUUACUGCUGGGGUAGAUGCUACACUAGCAUCCUUGAUGCCUACAACGAAUGGAGGAAAGAGCAACUUAGAGGUAUAGGCCAGAAAUAGUGUAAUAGACUUCCAGAUUUAGUGUGAGAGCUAAAAAAUGAAUCUACCAUACAAAAGCAGUAUGCAAGCCAUUCUAGUAUUAUUAGAUUUAGUACUAGUGUCAAGAAAGACAAGGAUACACACUACUCAUAUCAGCCUAGAAUUUUCUUAUGAGUUCUACACAAUCAUUCCUGAGCAUGAUACAUAUGUACAAUUUAUUCAAAAUACAUAAAAAUCUCUAUCUAUACAAUCUAAAGUCUAGCAAUAUAUACAAAUACAGAGUAACUACAGUACAGGCUGAGGUAAGAAAGUACAUUCUGGGAGAACAGAACAGCCAUUUUCAUAUUAUGAUUUUUUGUAUCCAUUAUUGCUAUAGAAUAAAGAACCCCUCAGUGUACCUCUGGUUUUACUGUACAUGGGACAAUGCCACAUGUAGUUAUGCAUCUUACAUUCAGUUAAAAUCUACAAUAGAGGCCAUUAGCUCAAGUUUGAUGCUGAACUGUAUGUUAGGCAUGUAAUCCUGGCAUGGUAAAAAUGACAACAUUUCAUGCAAGAGGCACAGAGUAAAAAAAAAUUUUGAAGUGGCAAAAUCAACUUAAAGUGAGCUUUUUGUAAACCUGGAAAGAGAAUUAAAAUAUUUUGGCUUUUUUUUUUUUUAAAGUCGUCCUGAUUUUUAAGACAAACUGUAUUGUUCUAUAAACAAACUCUUACUGCAUUGGAGGGAUUUGGCUUCUAGAUGUUUUUCUACUGAAAUUCUGAUCUGCCUUAAAAACAAGUGAAUUUAUUCAAAGGCACUCAUUUCUUAUGUGCUAUGGCUGGGGUACAGAUAGAUAUUAGACCCAGCUUUCAUACGGCAGCUGGUUAAAGCAAAUCUUUACCUUUUUCCCUGCAUCACUCUCAAGUUAUUGUGAAAUAAGCUCUGCUAAGCCAUUUCUUUUGGCUAAAGCUUUGAUCUAAAUUUUGACAAUUCACUAGUUAAAUUUAUUUCAAAGCGCCGAUGUGCGCAGAUUGCCCGUAGGUUGCACUACAUUUUUUUUUAUCCAGAAUAAGUUUGUCAGACACAUUUAAGAGCUAGUGUCUCCAAACUUCUAGUUUUCUUUAAACAAAUAAAUACCAGAUAGAACAAUCACCAGCUGUGGGAAUUUUAACAAAUAUUUAUGUAAUCCUUUCAUUAAACAAUGGACUAGUACAAAUAAGUAACGGGGCUCAUAAUUGAAAGUUUUAUCGGAAGGCUGAGGCUUGUAGGCCACUGAGACUUACUUAAAAUAUUCACAUUUAAAUUUAGAGGCGAAUCCUACAAAACUUUAUUUUCAUCAGUAGAACUAGUCACAAGACUUUGCAGGAGCAGGCCUUAAAACACAGUGCACAUAAUUCCAAAUGGUUACUAUCACAAAUGUGAUUAAUAUUAGUACCUCAGUAACAGGAGAAAAAUAAGUUAUGCAUCACAUUUUUGUAAAAACUCAGUAUCAAGGGAAAAGGCAGAGUAAAUCUUUCCAAUUUGCAGCAAGAAUGAAGUAAGGUACUAAACAGAUUUUUCUAACAUUUGGGAUUGGCACAGUCACCUUUACCAGCAUUAGUUUAUAUCUAUAUUUAGUUGUACAUCCAAUUAUAUAGGCCCUGGACAAAAAACAAGGCUCAUUUGACUCAUGUAUCAAUAGAAAAAUCCAUAAAACUGGGCUACUGUGUAUGCAAGGAUGUCACAUUUAUAAAUUUUUUCAGUAUCCUCCCAACAGUGCCAUUAAAAAAAAAAAAAAGAUAUUUAAAGAAGUUUUUCACUACUCACCAUUAUUUGUUUAAUCAAAACAAGCUAUGCUUUGUUUCUACAAGAUAAAUGUCGAAGUGAUUAAAACAAUUUGGUGGUGUAUUUUUUUUAAACAGCAUCCAGAGAAAUUUUCAUUUGGCAAGGUUAAACCAAGCUAUGGAGCUUUCUAUCUCCAUUUCUCUUGUUAUGAAAUUCAGCACAGCUUUAAUUCUAAAAUAAAAACACUGCAGGGACAGUUGAAACAAUCAAGUAUAUGAUGAAUCCAAUAGGUUACAUAGUAGCUUCUAAACUGUUGCACACUUUAAAACAAAUCUCAAUUUGUUUGUUAAGACUUGGUUAUUUUCACCCUUCAUUCUAGACAUGAGCAGUUAUGUUUACAAGUCCAGAGGACCAAAUUUUCAAAUGCACCUGGCCAAAAUGUACCCGCAACUCCCCUGAAGUGUAGUGUUUGUGUAAAUAAACUGCUAUGUCUAUGCACAAACU